CAUUGAUACAACCACCACUCUCCUAUUAACAACAUUUUCCAAUCCAACAGUCAUGGCUGCUACUUCAAAUUCAGAACCACCGCAUCCAACUUCAACCACCACCAUAACCACCCUACAUUCCGAUAUCAUCCACACGCACAUCCUCACACGCCUCGACGGUGCCACGCUGGCAUCAGCUGCAUCCGUAUCAACUCUAAUGAACCGCCUCUGCACCGAAAAUUCUCUCUGGCGUAACAUUUGCACAUCCACAUGGCCUUCCCUCGUCGACCCCACCGCAACACACGUAAUCUCCACCUUCCCCGGCGCGUACCGUUCCAUUUUCUCGGACGCGUUCCCUUCCCUCCACUACUUCUCUCCCCGUCCUCACCGCCCGUCUCCUCCGCCGUCGGAGCUCAUAUCCGCCAUUGACAUAUACUACAAGGGAAAGCCGGUGUUCUCGAGAGUGAGAUGCACCGAAACGCAGAAGAACUGGUUCCUCUUGUCGCCGCUGUGGGUUGACGCGCUCGAGCCGGAGGAGGUGGUUCCGACGCCGGUGAAGUUCACGAGAAAGGACGAGGAGUUGUUGAAGCAAUUGGAGGAUAAUUUAAGCCUGAGCUGGAUCGUGAUGGAUCCGAGAGAGAAGCGCGCGGUGAAUGUAUCGAGCCGGAGAGCGGUGUCGGUGCAGCGGCACUGGCUGACGAGGGAGGUGGAGGUGGUGUACGCCGCGGUGAUGGCGGGGGAGAGGGAGCGUGCGACGGAGAUGGUGCAGUGCGUGGUGAAGGUCACGUGCUGCGGAAAGGUGGGGGGUGAGUUGCACGUGAAAGAGGUGAAUUUGAUGAUGGAAGACACGGAGGGGAGGCACGUGAGUGGGAAAGAGGCAUUGGGGAUUCUUCAAAGUGCGAUGGAGUUUGGAGAGAGAAAGAGUUUUGAUGGAGUUGAAGCGAAGGAGAGGUACGAGAAGUUCUCGUGCAUGAUGAAGGAAAGAAGAGUUAUUAAGCACAGGAGACAGAAGGCACGUGACCUUCUUGCUAUGCUCCUUGCCUUCAUUGCUUUCCUCUUGUUUUGCUUCCUUGCUGGACUCUGAACUUUCAUAACAUUGAACACACUUACAUUAACAUAUACAUUUAUUCAUCAAAACUUUUGUUCUUUCAUUCGUUUAUUUCCCUUUAAGUGGGAAUGUGUUCACAUGUAUUUUAUUAUUUAACUCCAUUAAUCAUAAUUGUAAUCAA